AUGACACUUCAGCGUCCCCAAAGAGUGCCACCCUACGCUUCCUUUCACGCCUUUCGUAAACCUCCAAGCAUCGUCGAGAGCGUCCUCGGACCUUCAGCGACAUCGGUUGAUGAUGGAUGGGCUCCGUUUAACGGAGAUAAAGGAACCCAGAGACUCUGCGAGCUCGAUCUGGCUUUCCUCUCGUCGUACGCGAUUGGUAUGUAUUUCGUUGGGCAUUUAGGUGAUAGAAUCGAUUUGAGAUACUUUCUCGUGUUUGUCUAUUUGAUGGCCUUGUGUUGUCUCUGUUGUUGGGAAUGUGUGUGGAACUCUCACACGUCUGUUGGGAACAUCGUUGGCUCCGUGAUCGCUUCGUCGGUUCUUGAUUUCGGGUGGGGAUUGUCUUUUGCUCUGCCUGGUGUUGUUGUGAUUGUAUCUGGAUUGCUUGUGUUUUGCUGUUUAGUUGUGACCCCUAAUGAUUUGGGGUUUGAAGAACCUGGAAAAGAGAUUGAGAUGGCUAUUGGGUUUCUUGAAGCGUGGAGAUUGCCAGGUGUUACGCCUUUUGCUUUCUGUUUGUUCUUCUCGAAACUCGUCGUUUACACAUUCCUCUACUGGUUACCGUACUACUUAAGGCACCAAGUUAGCCUUGGCAAGCGAGGGGAGUAUCUACAGGAUUAUCAACCUCUGAUAGAUAGGGUCAUAGCUCGAAUUUCUUCUUGGCCGGUGAAGAGGUUGUCGUUUGCAGGAAGGCUUCAACUCAUCCAGUCUGUUCUAUCGAGUAUCAUUAAUUUCUGGGCAGCAGUGUUUCCUUUGCCUGCGAGAUGUAUUGAAAGACUGGAGCAGAUUUGUAACGCUUUCUUGUGGAGUGGUGCUCCUAACUCUGCACGUGGUGCAAAGAUAUCCUGGGACUCAGUUUGCUCUUCAAAAGCCUCCGGGGGCUUAGGAUUAAGAAGACUAUCGGGCUUAUCGCAGCUCUUCGGCUUAAAAUUAAUUUGGCUCAUUUUCGCUGGCAAUGGAUCUCUUUGGGUAGCCUGGGUAAAGAGACAUCUCAUUGGAGAAAGAUUGUUUUGGACCGCAGAUUUCAGUCAAUCGGGCUCUUGGCUGUGGAAGAAGUUAAUGAAGUUUCGAAAUCUUGCAAGACCCUUCUUGUCCUCUCAGGUUAGAUCGGGGUCCUCGACCCUAUUUUGGCAUGAUGAUUGGACGGGUUUAGGACCCUUGAUUGAUAUUUCAGGAGCAAACGGACCGAGGGUAUGUGGUAUUAGAUCUAUGGCGGUAGUUGCUCAAGCAGUCUCAAAUGGGAAUUGGAAGAUUCCAAAUGGGAGACAUCCAAUUCUUGUGUUGAUGCGCAGUUGUCUUCCAGCCUCCGUUCCUGACGUAAGCUCUCUGCUCUCGGAUAUUUAUCUUUGGAGAAAUACCGCUGACUCACCUCCAGAGAUUUUCUCAAGUUCAAAAAUGUGGAACACUUUACAUCCCUCACCUCCUCCUUUGGGUUGGACCAAAACGGUUUGGUUCAAACGUCGCAUCCCAAAACAUGCUUUCAUCUUGUGGAUUGCCCUGAGGAAUCGUUUAACAACGAGAGAUAAGCUGAUAAGUUGGGGAAUGGUUGUUCCCUCCCAUUGUCUUCUCUGUGGAAUAGGACAAGAAACGAGGGAUCAUAUUUUCUUUCAAUGCCCAUACUCUUCUCAGGUUUGGAACAGAUUCUUUCAACAUAGAUCACUUUCACCACCGAUCUCUUUUGAAGAUAUUGCAUUAUGGAUCCAAUCGGCUUCACCCAACAAGAAGGUUAAGGUCAUUUGA